AUGAAGUGCUUGGCGGGUGGUGUGUUGCUUACCAGCGCUACUUUGCUGCUGCUGGGUCAAGUAACGUACGGUCUUUCGCUAAGACCUCGCCGUGACCUUGUAGAGACGGGCAAGGCGGUUGUGCUGCAGGGUGUCUCCAAGCUGAAGGAAGCGCUCGACCACGGUGUCAACGUGAAAUCGGAAGGAAAGCGUUCUAUCGAUCUGUUUGGAUUUAAAUUCGGUGGUGGGUCAAGCGUGAACGCCGGUUUCGGUGAUGCUGCAAAUGAAGGAGCUUCGGAAAAUGAGGAUGACCUAGUGCGUCGUCGACGGGCGGUGGGUGUAGUAGGAGCUGCCUAUGCCGUCAGUCUGCUACCGCAGUCAUCUGCCGGCACGAACGUCAACAUCGUAAAGGUUAGCUCGGUGUCGAAUGUCAAUAAUUUUGGUGAGCUACCGGUAGCUGAACCGGGAACCACUGCUGUUGUCCCCGCAGCAGCCGAAAGACGUCGCCGUUCGCCCGAUAUGGUGCAGUUGGCUAGCUUCGAAAAGCAAACGUACUCGGUAGACAGUGAGCUGCACGCUAAUCAGAAGGUAAAAACACAUGAAAAGUUGGAAACAGUCCGCGCAGGAAGUCGUAUGCUGGUGAAGGAGAAUGCAGUUCGGAACAAGCGGACUCCUCAGUCCGAUGGAGAUGGAACUGAAGAUCCUCCACGAGGUCCUCCACCGAAGGGUCCUCAUGGACGUGGCCCACCACCAUGUUCCAGGGGUCCACCACCAGAUCAGGAGGGAAGCACAACCACGGCCACAGCGGAGCGCCGCAAACGCGAAGCGAUCAAACAGCUGGCCAUCGAACCGCGCAGCAAGCGAUCGCCCAAGGGACCUGCAGAGGGUCGUGUAUCGUGUCGUGGUGGAGGUGGUCAAAGAACAACUCCUCCAACUGAAGAAGUGCGCAGGAAGCGUGACACGUCCGAUCAAAGCAGCGACUACAGUGAACACAGCGGAUCUGAGUCGGAUGAAGAGGAAGGACAGGGACGGUCGCUAAGCAUGCCGCGUAAUCGACGCCAGGCAUUUGGCGGCGAAAUGUCGGGAAAGGUAGGUAGCUGGUUCGAGCAGCUUGCCGGUGUGUUUGUCGAAACGGUCAAGAAGGUAGUUGAUGUGACGAAGAAGACUUUUAGCAAGGGACAAGCUGAGCCUUAG